AUGGGCUAUCCUGACACUUUUACUGGCUUUUGCGUGGAUGAACCGAAAUCAUGGAAUGUAUUUCACAAGUCAGAGCUCAAGCCUAAAACUUUUGGUGACCACGACGUCGAUGUUGAAGUUGAAGCUUGCAGUAUCUGUGCUUCCGACCUUCAUACCGUAACAGGCGGCUGGGGAGAUUACGCCGGCCCCCUAUGCGUCGGGCACGAAGUCGUCGGCAAGGCAGUCAAGAUCGGAAAGCAUGUUAAAAAUUUUCAACUUGGCGACCGUGUCGGUGUUGGAGCCCAAGUAUGGGCUUGCCUUGAAUGCGAUCUUUGCAAGGACAAGAACGAGAACUAUUGCCCAAAGCUAGUGGACACAUACAACGCCCAGUAUGAAGACGGCAGCGAGGCUCACGGCGGAUUUGCAUCGCACAUUCGGGCCCAUGAGUACUUCACAUUCAAGAUUCCUGAUGCAAUUGAGACAAACGUUGCAUCUCCUCUCCUGUGCGCCGGCAUCACGACGUAUUCGCCCUUGGUUCGAGCCAGUAUAGGGCCCGGGAAGACCGUGGGUGUAAUUGGCAUUGGAGGUCUAGGCCAUCUUGCUCUUCAAUGGACUGUGGCUCUGGGCGCAGAGGCCUACGCUCUCACCCAUUCCCCCAGCAAGAAAGACGACUGCAAGAAGCUUGGCGCCAAAGAUGUUAUUAUAACAACUGAUAAAGGCUGGCCUGAAGCAUGGAAGGCCAAGUUUGACUUCAUUAUGAACUGCACAGACGUAACCGAUAAAUUUGACAUGGCCUCCUACCUUUCUCUCCUCAAGCCUGGUGGAGAAUUUCACAUGGUGGGUAUUCCGGAUAACCCGUUGCCUAAAAUGUCCGCAGGCAUCUUUGCAGGAGGCGCUCCCAAAUUAACUGGUAGUCAUCUCGGGAACCAUCAAGAAAUGGAAGCGCUUUUAAAAUUGGCCGCUGAAAAGAAUGUUAAACCUUGGGUGGAGGUUAUGGAUAUCUCAGAACAAAAUCUCAAUAUCGGAUUUAAAAAACAGCAGGACAACGCAUUUCGAUAUCGCUGUACCUUUGCAGGAUUUGAUAAAGCUUUUGGCAAAGCUUGA